UCCCGCUUUUUCACAUCGCGCACCAGAAUAAUAAUAUUAGUAAUAGUAGUAAUAAUAAUAAAUAAUCGUAAUUUACAUUUCUCGCUCCAAAAAUUUCAAAAGGAAAAAAAAAUUGAAAGCAGGUUUGAUCUGCGCUUGACCUCGUUGAAUCUAAGGUUGGCUGCUUGAAAUAAGAGACUGAGAGCAUAAUGUUAAGUUCGGGGAAUAAUAAUUUAAGCCGUGGAAGUGCCGCAAUAUCAUCAGAUCUUCCACCAUUGACACAAUGCUUGCCUUUGGAGCAAAUUACGUUAGGCAAUCAGAAAUAUACUCGCUGUGGAGAGUUAAGGAGGGCUUUGGGUGUUCCUCUAGGAAGUGCAUCAGAGGAUUAUUCUUUUGGAGUUUCCCAUCCUAAGCCUCAAUCCCUAGCGGGUACGGAGGAGCUAAAACAUUUUAAAGAAAGUGUUCAAGAUACUUCUAGAAAGGCCAGGGAUCGAGCAAAAAUGUGGCGUGAUUCCUUAUUCAAAUUGGACAAGUAUAGGGAAGCGUUGAGUUCAAAGAAGCGACAGAGGAGCGAACUUCCGUUGAAUGAGAGGUCAAAUGGAGCAACUUUAGCAAAGAUGGGGAGUCAGGUUCAUAGAAACAGUCAUGAUAUUAUGGCUCAAAGGUUGGAGGACAGGGCUAAAAAUAUUGGGCUGAAUAAGCGGGUUCGUACAUCAGUGGCUGAUGUGCGGGCAGAUGGUAGGUCAAACCUUGCCUCAAGACAGCAGAUGGUCAUGGAGAAGGGUACAGAUAUGCUCCAAGAUUCUGGUGGAGGUACUGUUCGGUUUGAAGAAAAGAUCCGUAGAUUGCCUGCUGGGGGUGAAGGAUGGGAUACAAAAAAUAAGAAAAAGCGCUCUAUUGGAGUUGUGGGUAGUAGAAUUUUAAAUGGUGAUCGAGAAAUAAAACGAGCUAUGCAUCCUAAAAUCAGUGCUGAGUCUAAGCUGCGAUCUUGCGAUACUCAGGGUUUCAGGUCAAAAUCUUCCCCUGGUGUUAGUGGAAUCAGUAAGUUGGAUGGUCCUUUAGAACCUACUGGUUCAGAUACCAGUACAGUGCUCAGGAAUGAAAUGGAUACUGUAACUCUUCCAAGAGACCGAUUAGCACUCCUAGAGCAGAAGGCUGUGACAAAAGGAAGCAAUAAGCCAAAUGUUAACGAAGACAAUUUAGCAAGCAGUCCUAAUACAAUGAUGAAAGCAAAAGCUCGGGCACCACGAACUAGCUCCAUCAUGAUGCUAGACUCAUCGCUCAAAGUUCAGUCCUCAUCUACAUCUCUUCAAGGUGCGGAACUACCUGCAAGUUCAAAUAAAGUAACAAUGCCUUGUAUGCUAAAUAAUCAUAAGCGUCAAACAUCUGCAGGUUCAUCUUCCGUGGCUCAAUGGGUAGGUCAAAGGCCUAAAAACUCACGCACUAGGAGAACAAAUAUAGUUGCUCCUGUUUCAAACCAUGUUGAUGCUCAGAUUUCAUCUCAAGGUUUUGCAACCAAUGAUUUUAGCACUAGAACUUCCACUGGGACAAAUGGAUCUCUAAUUGCCAACAGUAUAGAUAAUCACACUCCUAAGUUCAAGAGAGAAAUUGACAUUGGGUUAUCUGAAAGUGAGGAAUCAGGUGCUGGGGACAAUAAAACUAAAGAAAAAGGAAUAAACAGUGGCGAGGUUGCUCUAACUUCAUCUCAGAGAGCUGGUCAUUUUCUUUUGCCUUCUAAAAAAAAUAAGUUACUCACAAAUGAAAUUGGAGAUGGAGUUCGGAGACAAGGAAGAAGUGGAAGGGGUUCAUCUUUAACAAGGCCAGGCAUUCACGUAGUGAGAGAGAAACUAGAGAAUCUACCAACAAUAAAGCCACUUCAGAGUGUGAAUGCUGUUUCUGAUAAAAAUAAAAGCAAAACUGGUCGGCCCCCUUCCAAAAAGUUGAAAGAUCGGAAGUCUUCAGCUCGCGUUGGGCCGAUAAUUAAUAGUGGAUCUUUAGAUUAUACAGGCGAAUCUGAUGAUGAUCGCGAGGAACUAUUUUCAGCUGCUAAUUCUGCUCGGAAUGCGAGCAAUCGUGCAAGUUGUGGCCCGUUUUGGAAGAAAAUGGAAUCUAUUUUUGCUUCUGUAAGCUCAGAGGACUUGUCCUUUCUAAAGGAACAGCUUAGUUUUGCUGACGAGCUUGAUGAGGGUUUGUCUCAGAUGCUUGGUAGUGAAUGUAACCUCUUGGGUGUUCUUGUGCAAAAGGAACUACCUGAUUAUUGUGGUGAAAGACAAGGUGAUCACUCUAAUCAAGAUUCAGUUAAGAAAUCUGCUCUAUAUGGAAAAGUUGACAUGGGAAGAUUGGAAAAGGGUGCUCCAUUGUACCAGAGAGUUCUUUCUGCUUUAAUUGAAGAAGAUGAAAGUGAAGAAUUUUAUAUCCACAGUGAAGGGAAGAAUAUCCCACUUCACUAUGCUAGUGAUGAUUCUCAUUGUGGUUCAUGUAAUCUGAUUGAUAUUGAAUCCAAGGAUAGGGAUAGGAUGGAAUCUGAAGUUGAGUCAACAGUGGAUUUUCAGACUCACAGGAAUUCUUUCUUGGACAGAAUUUCAUGUGAUAAGAGUGUUGCAUCUAACACAUUUAGAAAUUCAAGCAUGUCAAACUCUUUACAUAGCAAUGGUCAGUGGCCAGGAGAUGAUGAUUUUUCCCAUUCAGAUAUUGUGCAUGCCAGUGAAAUAUGUUCAAAUGAUCUCAGUCAGCUGCAGACAAGGGACUUGACCAUAUCUGCCUUCCCCUCCUCUGAUCACAAGUAUCAGCUGAUGUAUCUUGAUGAUAGGGUUCUGCUGGAGUUGCAAAGUAUUGGUCUAUGUCCAGAGACAUUGCCUGAUCUGGCAGAGGGGGAGGAAAUGAUUGGUCAAGAUAUAAUGGAACUCAAGGAAGGCCUAUACCAGCAGAUUGGAAGGAAGAAAAGGAAGUUAGGGAGAAUUGAUAAGGCUGUUCAGAAAGGGAAAGAAGUGGAAAGAAGGACGAUUGAGCAAAUUGCAAUGGACCAACUUGUCGAGCUGGCUCAUAGAAAACGACUGGCUUGCCGUCGGAACAAUUCCUCAAAAAGUGCAGUCCGCAAGGUUUCAAGACAAGUUGCCCUAGCUUUUAUCAAGCGCACUCUUGCCAGAUGUAGAAAAUUUGAAGAUACAGGGAGCAGUUGCUUUAGUGAGCCUGCACUACAGGAGGUCAUCUUCUCUACACCUACAUGCAAUAAUGAUGCCAAAUCUGUUGAUUGUGUCGGCUCAGGUACUGCAAGUAACACAUGCAAUGAAGUUUCUAACCAUCAUGGCGAAGCCAGAGGAUCAGUUGCCAUUUCCAGCACUUUUGAGAUAGAUGAUUCACAUGGUGAUUACUUCGAUAGAGGGAGGAAAAGGGAAGUGCUUAUUGAUGACGUGAUUGGCAGUGCUUCAUCAAGGGUUACAUCGAGUCUUGACAGUGCUGUGCUUGGUGGAGUGAAGGGCAAGAGAAGUGACAGAGAAAGGGAUAUAAACAAGGAUAUUAUAAGAUGUAAUUCUGUUUCUGGAACUAGUCACUCAUCAUUGGAUGGCUUGAAAAAUGACCGCAAAACAAAAUCAAAACCCAAGCAAAAGAAUAAUCAUUUAUCGACAUCAGGAAAUGGACCUCGUGGAUCUAGUCAUUCAGUGGCUGGUCCCAGCAAUAAAUUAGACAGUGCGGGCUCAAUGUCGCUUGGGGAUGCUUCUAAGGAAGCAGAAGAACCCAUUGAUUAUGCAAACUUGCAGCUGCAUGAAUUAGACACAAUUGGAUUAGAAGUAUCCAAUGAGCUUGGCGGGCCACAGGAUCUUGGUUCAUGGUUGAAUUUUGAUGAUGAUGCGUUGCAAGACCAUGAUUCUAUGGGUCUUGCAAUACCGAUGGAUGACCUCACAGAUUUGCAGAUGCUUAUGUAGAGGACUAUUUUUUACCCUUUUCGUCACGGCGGGAACUCAGGAACCACCUUUGACACCUGAAUCAACACCAACUAGUCUAGCUGUGGCAUGUAAAUCAAAAGAUUUGCAAGUGUAGUUGAUUUUUUUGUAUAUAAUUUGAAUGUAACUGGAUAUUCGUAUGAAAUGAAAAACUGCGCUUCCAAUUUGUGUUUUCA